AUGGACACCAGUGAAAGUGUUGGAAGUUUGGAAGAACAAGCUCUCAAAAGGAAAGAAAGGUUAAAGAACCUCAAACGUAAGAAUCCUAGUGACGAUGCGUCAAAUAAUGAACCAGCUGACGUAGUUCCACUUCCUAAACCCAAAUUUCGUAGUUAUAAGCCACAAGACGAAAAACUCAAGGAAGCAAAAUUAGCGGAAGCUGAACCUGCUGCAGUUGAAAAUGAAGUCAAAGAUUUGCUUGAAGCUGGUAAAGAAAAGGUAGUCUUGCAAGAUUUAGACAUUUCUAGUUUAGCACCACGGAAACCAGACUGGGAUCUGAAAAGAGAUGUAGCCAAGAAAUUGGAAAAGUUGGAAAGGAGAACACAGAAGGCUAUUGCUGAAUUGAUAUGGGAGAGAUUAAAACGAGGGAAUGAAGAUAACUUGGGAGCGAUGGUCUCUAUGACGGAGAACAGACCUACAGAAGACGACUGA